UUCCGAUUCCGGUUUGUUCUGGACAGAGCUUCCGGCUAGAGCUUGGCGUCUGUGUUUGUGUGCCUGGUUCAGUGAGGGCUCCUUUCGCCAGACCCUGAGGAGGAGACACCGCCGCCAUGUCGGGCUCCAGCAGCGCCCUCAUGAAGCAGCCCCCGAUCCAGUCGACGGCGGGGGCCGUCCCCGUCCGCAACGAGAAGGGGGAGAUCUCGAUGGAAAAGGUGAAAGUAAAACGCUACGUCUCGGGGAAGCGGCCAGAUUAUGCCCCCAUGGAGUCCUCGGAUGAGGAGGACGAAGAGUUCCAGUUCAUCAAGAAGGCCAAGGAGCAGGAGCUGGAACCGGAGGAGCAAGAGGAAGAGCUGGCCAGCGACCCCCGUUUGCGCCGCCUACAGAACCGCAUCUCAGAGGAUGUGGAGGAGAGGCUGGCAAGGCAUCGUAAGAUUGUGGAACCAGAAGUGAUAGGGGAGAGUGACUCAGAAGUGGAAGGAGAGGCCUGGCAUGUGGAGAGAGAGGACACCAGUGAGGAGGAAGAGGAGGAGAUUGACGAUGAGGAAAUUGAACGUCGCCGUUGCAUGAUGCGGCAGCGUGCACAGGAACGUAAGAAUGAGGAGCUGGAAGUCAUGGAGGUGGAAGAUGAGGGCCGUUCUGGAGAGGAGUCCGAAUCAGAGUCCGAGUAUGAGGAGUAUACAGAUAGUGAGGAUGAGACUGAGCCACGCCUGAAACCUGUCUUCAUCCGCAAGAAGGACAGAGUCACAGUCCAGGAACGUGAGGCCGAAGCACUGAAACAGAAGGAACUGGAGCAGGAGGCCAAGCGAAUGGCUGAGGAGAGGCGCAAGUACACCCUGAAGAUUGUUGAAGAAGAAACCAAGAAAGAGUUGGAGGAGAACAGGCGCUCCUUGGCAGCCCUCGAUGCUCUGGACACUGAUGAUGAGAAUGAUGAGGAAGAGUAUGAGGCCUGGAAAGUGCGGGAGUUGAAGCGCAUCAAGCGGGACCGAGAGGAGCGUGAGGCGUUAGAGAAAGAGAAGGCAGAAAUCGAACGAGUGCGGAAUCUGACUGAGGAGGAACGACGGGCUGAGCUCCGAGCCAACGGCAAGGUCAUUACCAACAAGGCGGUGAAGGGCAAAUACAAGUUCCUGCAGAAGUACUACCAUCGGGGGGCCUUCUUCAUGGAUGAAGAUGAGGAUGUAUACAAGAGGGACUUCAGUGCUCCAACUCUGGAGGACCACUUCAACAAGACCAUCUUACCCAAAGUCAUGCAGGUGAAGAACUUUGGGCGCUCUGGACGAACAAAGUACACCCACUUGGUAGACCAAGAUACAACCUCUUUUGACUCUGCAUGGGGGCAGGAGAGUGCACAAAACACCAAGUUCUUCAAGCAGAAGGCAGCUGGUGUGAGGGAUGUCUUUGAGAGACCCUCUGCCAAGAAGCGGAAGGUCACCUGAGUCAUCAAGAAUAAUUUGGGGCACUGUUAGGAUCUUGCUGGAUCAGUUUUGCCCUGUUUCUGUGGCAUGGGACUAUAGAUUAUCAAAGGCCUGGACCCACUUUUUCUGUCAUCUUUGGAUGGAGGAUUUGACUCAUAACUAUAACCCGUUUUUAAGGAAUUAGCACCAGCUCAGCAGGCUCAUCAUUGCCCUUGAGGUAUGCCAGCUCCCUCUACAGCCCUGUUUUUAGUUUUGGGAGGCAUUUGCCAAUUGUAAAUAUUUCUCGUUCUCUUUAGAGGCACUGUAGGGCGGGGAAGAGAAAAGCAAGGUGACACCUGUAUUAAAUGUAUUUCUUACCAA